AUGGUUCCGCCUCGCAACAUUCAGACGCCAGAAUUGCCCGAAAGUGGCUCAGUCAAGGACAAGAUCGGGAAGUUUAGUGCCUAUCAGCAGCAGCCCUCUAGUCUGAAAGAUGCAUUCGGGAAAACUCCAGUCAGCAUAGGGGCGAAUAGGUCACGCACUCCGCAGCAGAUCGCUGCCCAGCUGGCCGCAGGACGAUCGACGCCAGGUGAAAUCAUUGCCACGCAUACGGGCGUAAGCAGGACGCAAGGUUCGAUGCCGAAGCCCUCAAAACGCAGUGAUGACAACGAGGGCCCGCCGUUGCUAGCCCCGAAGCCGGUAUGGGCUUCGAGUGCAAAUUCGGCCUCGUUAGACAAGCUCCUUCACAACGAGGCCAAUUUGCCGAUUAGAGACAAGUCGCUCCAACGAAGGCCAGUAGCUCAGAUAUCUCCCAUAGAGGCAGCAAAGCUGGCGGCGAAGAAACCUCGUCCUCCACCCGUGCCACGAAAACCAGCUGCAGUUGUCACUGGUCCUACCUCAGUUCCUAUCAACGUACAUUCCAAUGGCCCAGAGAGUCCAGAGCAGACCUCCAAGAACCACUCCUCACGUCCCAUUGAGGAUACUACUACUAUCCCUUCCAAGGCUCCGCCAGCACUUCCUCCCCGAACGGGUGCUUCGUCCGUGCCCCGGAAAGACCUGACAAAUCAUCGACGGCUUUUAGAAACCAACCAUGGGUCCCGGACGCGACCAUCGACACCUGGCACUGCAUCGCUCUAUGCUGCAUCACUGAGCAAUAGUACUACGAGUUUGCUCGACAGCUCCUCAGGGCGGGACGAAGGGGCGUUCUCAGAUGCGGUCGUGGCCUCGUCCAGAGCAUCGAUUCGGGCUUCACAGGAAAGAAAGGUCCCACCGCCCCCACCGCCAGAGCGCCGGGCGAGGUCUCGAUCAAUCAAGCGAUUCCCGCAUACUGCCAAGGGAGAACACACAGAUUCCCCUAGUCCAUCCACACAUUUACGACAGACCCUCCGCGAGCCGACCAAGGUCGCCGAAGAUGAUGAGGGGUACCAAAGGCAUAAGCAUCUGCUUCGCAAGCAUCCGCAUAAGCAUCACGAAGGUGAUCGCAGAAGAUGGCGGAGUGAGAUUACGGAGAAAGAGCGAAGGCGGUACGAGGGUGUCUGGGCUGCGAACAAGGGAUUGUUACUCCCACCCUCGCACUUGAGGGUCCCCGAAGCGUAUCCGCCGGAGUGCUCCGAGAUGGUGGUUAAUCUGGUGGCCGCUGACAUCUGGUCACGUAGUCGCCUGCCGCGGCAUGUGCUAGCACAGGUUUGGGAGUUAGUGGACGGGCAACAUAUUGGUCUUCUGACUCGAGAGGAAUUUGUGGUAGGGAUGUGGUUGAUCGACCAGCAGCUGAAAGGCCACAAACUUCCGCCGAGGGUGCCCGCCAGCGUGUGGGGAAGCGUCAAGCGGAUAUCAGGAGUGCACAUCCAUGGUCUUCCUCCUGCGUGA